CCUUUGAUUAUAAUUCUGUAAUUCUUUCUUGAUCUCGAAACUUCUUUACAUGUGAAUAUUGUGCAUCGCCAUGAAGCCUGUUUUUUUAAUUGCAAGUACAAUACUAUUGUUUUCAGAUGUACGGGCUAUUGAAGUAGCGACGCACAUACCGGCAUCGGUAGCAAAAAUGAUUAAUGAUACCCGAAGAAUUAUAAACGGCUGGGAGGUCACAGAGGGAAGACCGUACAUGGUGCACCUGAAACUGCCUAAGAGCAACCAAAAGCAACAGGCCUACAAGACCUGGUUGUGUGGAGGCGUCAUCGUCCACGAGGAGUACAUCCUCACUUCAGCAGCUUGCAUCGAGGACGCUGAGCAUUUUUACGUCGUUUCUGGAACUUACAAAUAUGCAAUGGAUGAUGACAAAUUCAACAACCUAUGUAUCAAGAACGGUGCUAAGAAAGCUAUCUGGAAAUGUGUUCCUAAAAAUUACGUAUUCGACGGCCACGAGAACGACAACAUCAGAUGGAUGAACAACGACAUUGCCGUGGUCAAGGUGGAGGACGGUUUCGACUUCGAUCGGCGAGUGCGCGGCUGCGACUUCAUACCGAAGCCAAUCGCGUACAACAACCAGAGUGCCACUCUGGAGAACCCUGGGAAUAUCGCCUCUAUCGCUGGCUGGGGAAGCACCUCCAAAUACAGCGACUGGGCGACGCGAAGAAAGGACUUGAAUCCGCAUGACCUCCUGGAGACCCGAGUGGAAAUCAUAACAAAGAACAGGUGCAAGAAACGCUGGGGGACGCGCUAUGCUAACAUCAUCGAAAACUACAUGAUUUGCACAAAGGAUUUGGGACAAACCAUGUCUGAGAUCUGCAACGAAAAGUAUGUAGACUGCCAAGACAUCAACUACUCGGACGAAGAAGAAGGCAGAAGAUAUGUGGAGAAGGUGCCAACAAACUUGGUGAUGCACUCUGCGUACGACCACCAUCGUACUAAUGAUACUCAUACGAAUGAUACGAACACUGCUGUGAAUGUGACAAGCGGACGGAGAUCCAAAGAAGGGAAUUCGAUUGACGGCGGAUUUUGUGAGAAUGACCACGGCGGCCCUCUCAUCUACGGCGAAGGCAACGCCGCCAUCGUUAUCGGCAUCAUCUCCGCCUGCCUCGUCAAAGAGCGCAGCAACAAGUGCUACGGGCCGUUCCUUUACACCAGCAUCUACAAAAACCGGCAGUUCAUAUCUUGCGCCAUUUUCAAGGAUGUGGAGGCUAAAUGCCGAAGGCAGUUUAGAUCUGGCGAGACACAUACAGAGAAAACAAUUUCGUGGAAACAGCAUGCAGAUGGGCCAGCAGUGAAUGAGUUGGACCAUCCGGUCAAUAACGAGGACAAGUAUGAACCCAAGGAACCCAAGGAGCCAGGGGUCCACAUAUCGCGCCAAGCUGAUAAGGUGUACCCUAAUCGAGGAUACGUCGUCCGGGCACAGGAGAGAAUAGAAAACGUAACUACCACCGUCUGAGAUGGAGGAUAUAUUUGACAAUAAAAAUAAUGA